GGAACAUGGGCUAACGCGAUGUUGUAUAUGCUUGAAAUCUUACAGAUCUACAGCUGCUUCCGCACAUACCCCUCCGAUCCCCUCCUUUUGAAGCUGUCAAUCUGCUUCCUCCUUCUCGUCGAUACAGUUUGUUCUGUGGCGGGAUGUGCGACAGCGUAUUUGUACUCCGUCACAUUCUGGGGUGAUUGCAAUCAAGCAGGCAUCGAGAAACAGUAUUGGUCAUUCCCAACGUAUUGUUCUGCAACGGCUCUUGCAGCCGUCAUCGUCCAGUCUUUUCUGAUUUACAAAUUUUGGAACUUGUAA